ACUGUGUUUUUAAAUGACAGUGAUUUUAAAAAUUUGAAUUAUAAAAAUAUUCUACAAUAUUUUUAUUUGUGUUUAAUUUUGUCCGUGAAAGAGUGAUUUAGAAGUUUACUCUCAAAUUGUUUGGCAGCCGAAUGCCGAUACGGCACUCGAAUGCCGACUUCAGAAAUUCUGACAUGGUUCUGACCUUUUGACUUUAAUGUCAGCAGCUUAGCAGUGAGCUAGGUUCAUAACAUUUCUAAAAUUUUUGUCAUUUAUUAAUAGACCACAUCACCACACGAGUUACGGCGGUCUUGAUAACGAUCCUCUGCUGAGGUUAUUUAAUUUUAUGUGUGGAUAAUUCAUAACGAUAGCGCCUUAAAAAUGAAUGAUUUACCGGAAAGCAGUAGUAAUAACGAUGGUCCCGAUCUUGAGACGUUAGAUUAUCUUCGUGGUGUGAAAUCUUCUACAUGUCUACUCCUGCCUAUGACUCCAAGUCCAACUCCAUUAGACUUUAAGCACCCUCUCUCGGAAGAAAUGAACGAAGGACCCUUUAUAACUUUAAACGAUGAUCCAAAAAUUGAUCUUCAAAGUUCAGCUGAUGCUUGUGCAGGAGAUUCUAGUUCAUCAGGAGAUUCCAAUUCUGUAGUUCAAGAUCCAGUUAGUGCACAACUUAUAAACAAUAUUAGUAUGUUGGACUACCAAACACUCAGCAAAAAUGGUGAUAUUAUUAUGGGACAGCCUGAAAUUUGUAAACUCAAUGGAAGCCUUAACAUUAAUAACAGGAAGUUGCCAAGUUUUGUGAAUUGGAAUUGGAUAAUUAUACGAAAAGUUUUACUUUGGUUUGUCAUCUCAGGUCUUGUUGCUUGUAUUGGUGCCAUUGUUGCAAUGGUUGUUACCAUACCAAAGUCAUGUAACCCUGACCUCCCAUGGUAUCAAGGUAAAGUCUUCUAUGAAAUUUUCCCUGCAAGUUUUAAAGAUUCUAAUAAUGACGGUUUCGGAGACUUGAAGGGACUUAUUAAAAAGUUAGACUAUAUUAAAGAGCUAGGCGGCUCAUCUAUUCGACUCAAUUAUAUAUUUGAAGCCAAUGAUUAUCCUUACAAUUAUUUUAAUACAACAUCUUUGCUCCAGAUAGAUAAACGUAUAGGAGUUUUAAAAGAUUUUCAAGAUUUAGUGACUGUGGCCCACAAAAAGGGUAUGAAUAUUAUCUUGGAUAUACCUGUUUUAACUAUGGCUGAACCACUAGAGUCGUAUAAUUUAAAUAAUACUUUUGUGUUUUCUAUCGACCCCCAAGAAAGUAAAGAUCCAAUGUCUGUAGCUAUUGCUUAUUGGUCACGAGUACAACAUGUAGACGGCUUUUAUUUGAAAAAUUUGGAAAAUUUUGUUGAUGAUGUUAAUUUCGAAAAAUCUCUUCAGCUUUGGAAACAAAUUUUAGGAAGUGGCAAAAUCUUUAUAGCAAGUGAAGAAGUACUCGAGAAAGCUAAAGCUACUUCUCUCACAGUGUUUCUAAAUAGGAUUGAUCUCAUUGAGGUUCAUUUAGAUCUGCACAAUGGUCCUACAGGUUUGAAAAAUCGUAUAGAUAACAUUUUAUCUGGGCCUCUUUGGGGCAAACCACAUUAUCCGUGGGUCCUUUGGAAUAUUGGCAAUAUAAAUAGUGAGAGGAUAUCUGAAAAGUAUGAAAAUUAUACAUUGGCAUUAACAGCUCUUGAGCUAGCUUUACCGGGUACUGUUAGCAUAUUUUACGGCGAUGAGAUAGGGCUCGGCGGAUUGUCCGGUCAUGAUAUUGAGCGAGAUUUCCAUGAACACAAGUUGAUUACCAAUGUCGCUAUGAUGACAUUCUCUAAUAAUGAGAAAGCUAGCAAUGCUGCCCCUGCUCUGCCCUGGAUUUCAGAAUCUGCUUUAAAACCGAGGUACCAUUACCUUAACGUUAUUAAAAGUUUUAUAAUGUUAAGAUUGAAUACUCCAACAAUAUAUUUAAAGGACAUUUAUAAAGAGGGUAGUGUUCUUAAAAAUACGGAGAUACGUAAAACUGAGGAAAACCUUGUUUUGAUCGAACGCUGGUAUCCACGUAGAAACACUUGCGUUUUUGUCGGUAAUUUCGGCAGCAAAUCCAUCACUACUGACCUGUCAACCAUGUUUUACGGUGGAACAGUCGUUGCUAGUACAAACAGCUCUUUGGUUGGGCAAGUUUUAUAUUUUGAUGAAGUCACGUUUCCACCAUACUCCGCGAUUAUAUUAAAGUUGGAAAAAUAAAAUAUUAAUUUCCUAUUAUUUUUGUUGGUCUCUUUUUUAAAAAAAACGGGCCAAGCGCGAGUCGGGACUCGCUAUUUUGGGGUUGCGUACAUAACAUUAAUAAUGAAUAAGUACUUAAUUAAUUUUUUACCAAAUACCAAAAUUUUAUUUUUAAGUAUAGAGUUCCGUCUUUUACCCUUUGGGUACGGGACCCUAAAAGUGACUAACGAUGUACUACUUAUUAGUUGAAUGGAAUUGAAUCAACUUCAAAAACCUACUCUUCUCAACAGACAGCAGCUAUAAUUAGUAGUGGUAAGUAAUAUAAUCAGCGUCAUGGAUGUUAUUUGCAUCUAUUGUCUAAGUACUUAGUUGUAUUGCGAAUAGUAACGUACCUAGUUCGAUUAGUUUUUGUAAAAAUCUAAUAACACUUACGUGUCAGUAUUACCAGUAGAUCUGAUCUAAUAGCCAUGAUAUUUUGAUUUUCAGUACUAGAUAUUCAUCCAGUCUAAGUAUUAAGAAAACUGUAGGUAUACUUUGCAGGUACAAUUACCAAAGAGGCUUAAUUAAAUAGGCUAGAUUUUGUUAAUUUUCGAAUAACCUGCGUUAUUUUUAUCUUGUUUCUGACAUCAAUAAGUGGUAAUAAUACAUAGUAGUAAUUAGUUUUAAGCCAACCCACUCAUCGAAAGCUUCGUAAACCGUCAUUAUUGGUGUUACUACCUAAGAUGUAACGAAUCUCUAAUCUACUUUUUGUUUUGCUUUUCUAUAAAGAUGUUGUUAUUUUAAUAUUUUGUAAGUAAAUUUUUACUAUGAUGAACUAUGUACUACGUCUUAAUACCUAAGUAUUAUUUAUGUUAUAUUAUACUUAUGUUAUGUUUUUCUAUAUUUAUUGAAAAUUUUGUACUUACAGUUUUUACAAUUGAUAUUCAACUAUUAUUUUCACUUCGUGCUUGUAAUUUACCGUGUUUUUUUUUUUUUUUAGUUUUACUUGUCUAGCUUUAAGAUAUAAAUUUUUCUGUUUUUUUCUUUUCUGAUGAAGAGCUUCCAAGACAGUCAAGCAUGUAGACAUUUGCUUCAGUCAAGCAUUUUGGCCAUUUAUAAAAUUUAAUUGAUGCUUGAGUCAAGCAUCUACGUGCCAGUCAAGCAUUUUGGCCAUUUACAAAGUUUACUUGAUCCUUGAGUCAAGCAUCUACGUGCUUGGCACUUGAUUGAUGCGAGUUUUCAUUUUUGCUUGACGCGACGUUCGGACAGUGUUCGAGAUAAUGACGUGCCGUUUGCUUGAUCAACCAAACAGAUCUACGUGCUUGACAUCAAGCUUGACCAUCUCUCGGAAAGCAACCUAAUAUGGUUGGAUUGGAAUUAAAAUGAUCUUUCAUUUGAUACAAAAUUCGAUUAAAUAACAAAUGAGGGUAUAUUAAUAACGCUUUCUUAUCUGUUUGUACCUGGCAACCCCAUAGUUGCACUUAGGGGAAAGAAGGCAAACUUUUUUUUUUUUCAACUUCUUGGGGUACCUAGUACCUAGGUACCUAUAUUUCUAAUACUGAAUCUUAGGCUGAGAUCUAUAGAGCGCACUAGACUUUAUUCAGACUUAAAACACUGUUAAAAUGAUCCAGCGAUAUACCGCUGGCAUAAAUCUGUCUCGUUUUAACUGAAACUUAAGUCAAAGUGCGCUCUACAGAUUUCAACCUUAGACCACAAGUGAUCAAAAAGUAAUCCCGCAUGUAAUUAAUAAUGCUCGUUAAUAUUCAUGUAAGAAAUUUACUUUUAUAAUACAUUUGUACACGUUAGAAAAAUAGAUGUACUUAAAUACUGUUAUGUACAUGAUUGUAAUCGAAAAUAAAUAGUUGUGAAAAAUA